AUAAGGAAAAAUUGUACCAAAAAAAAAAGUUUAUGGAUAUGUUUUGUUGACGAAGCGAAGUAAAGCAAAUAAUAUUAUAAUUACAUUAAGUGUAUUAUUUAUGAGAUAAUUACAGUAAAAAAAGUAGUACAUAGUUCGAUAAGCCAAUUAAAAUUAUCUAAAGAGCAGUAAAAUGUCCGAGAUGUCAGAAAAAACUGAAACUACAUCUGAUGCUCGUCGACGUAUCUUAAACAUUGCAGUUUCUACGGUAUUAUUGGAGACCGGUUUCGAUGCUGCUGAUAAAGUUUCGUUGGAAACUUUGACUGAAAUGCUUCAAUGUUUUUUUGCAGAAGUUGGGAAUUCGGCGAAAGGAUUUUGUGAGCUAUCUGGACGGGUGGAGCCAGUGUUGGGUGAUGUUGUAAUGGCACUUAUUAACAUGGGUAUAAGCUUACAGGGUAUUGAACAAUAUGCUGCUCGUCCAAAUCGGCAUGUAAUUCAACCUCCUCAGCAAGCUCCUGCACCUCGCACCCCAGCUAUGUUGUCAGCUGGCUCUAAAGCUAAACCAGCACCACAUAUACCUUUUCAUUUGCCUCCAUUACCAGAUCCACAUGCAUACAUCAGAACACCUACUCACAAGCAACCAGUAACUGAAUAUGAAGCCAUUCGAGAGAAGGCAGCAACCCAAAAAAGAGACAUUGAACGUGCUUUGACUAAAUUCUUAGCAAAGACAAGUGAAACCCAUAAUUUAUUUAAUACAGAAGACAAUCAGGUUUUUCCAUUAAUCGCCUGUAAGCCUACGUUUCCAGCUUAUUUGCCCUGUCUUUUACCAACGGACCAAGUCUUUGAUUUUGAUGAAUUAGAAUAUCAUUUUCAAGUCGCUAACAGAACUGAAGACUUGCCUGCUGAUAAAAAAGAUCAAUCAGACAAUGAAGGCGAAAAUGGCGCUGACAAUGAUAAUGCAAAUAUUUCACAAUCUGAAAAUCAAGAAAGUGCAUUAACAUCCAGUCCAGAGAGAAAUAAAUCUGGUGGAUAGAUUAAUUAUUUAGAUAGUAAUUUAAAUUUGUUUUAAAAUUCAAGUAUAUUUGAGUCGACUAAUAGCAAAGCCGGCAAUGUGACUUUUGGAAAAUUAUUGGUAAAUCAGAAAAACGAAUUAUUGACUUUGUAUUCCAUUGGCAGUCACAAAACUCUUCUGAACGACAUCUUAGAUAAAUAACAGGUUAAGUAUUAACCUUUAUUUAAUGCAGGUUUUGAACCGUAUUCUUUGAAGGAGACGAUUAUAUUCAAAUCAAUCUGUAUUGACAUAUCAAUAACAUUUUUUUGUCCAAAUGCACAGAUUGCCACCUUUGAUAAUAGACGACUCAUUUAUAAGUACAUUGAUUGUUUUUUCUCUUCGUUCUUCAUUAAUAUAUGAGAAUAAUACCUUCGAACCGAACAUACCUAAAGGAUUAUUAUAUCCAUCCAUAGUAUUCCAUAGAUCAUUAUGGAAACAAUAAGGAAACAUCAACGUUGAUAAAUCGUAAAAAAAUAUUUGUGUAUAAAUUAAAUCAGAUUUUUUUUUACUAAUA